UUUUGGGUCAGUGAUUUUGGGGAGAGAGGGAGAGAGAGAGAGAGAGAGAGGGAGAGAGAGUCAUCAAGAACACUUGAGAGGAGUGAUGGAGAGUGUGAGGAGGAGGAAGAAGAAGAUGAUGUCGGUGUUCUUGAUAGUGCUUGAAGUCUGCAUUCUGGGCUGUACAUUCACUUCCAUCAAUGCUGAUACAGAUCCGUCUGACGCUGCUGCUUUACAGGAGAUGUAUAGCUAUCUAAACCAACCUUCUCAACUGACUCAAUGGAGUGCCAGUGGUGGCGAUCCAUGUGGACAGUCGUGGAAAGGCAUUACUUGCUCGGGCUCCAGGGUCACUGAAAUUAAAUUACCAGGUCUUAGCCUCUCUGGGUUGGUUGGUUACAAGCUCCAAAGCAUGACAUCAGUGACAAAUCUAGAUCUCAGCAAUAACAAUCUUGGAGGACAGCUACCUUAUCAAAUUCCUCUAAAUGUGCAAAGAUUAAACCUUGCUAAUAAUAACUUUAAUGGGCAAAUCCCGUGGUCUAUUGCUCAACUGACCUCUCUUAAGUACCUAAACCUUGGCCACAAUCAGCUGCAAGGUUCAUUGAACGAUAUGUUUGGACAGCUUUCUUCCCUCGCCACCCUUGAUGUCUCUUUUAAUCAAUUAUCCGGUAAUCUGCCUCAAAGUAUUAGUUCCCUCUCAAGCAUGACAACCAUGUACUUGCAAAACAAUCAAUUCACUGGGGAUAUAAAUGUCCUUGCCAAUCUUCCACUCGAAACUCUGAACGUCGCAAACAACCAAUUUACAGGAUGGAUACCAGCGCAGCUGAAAAAUAUUGAUCUCCAGAAAGGUGGUAACUCUUGGAGCUCAGGCCCUGCACCCCCACCUCCACCUGGUACACCUCCAGCCAGCAAACCGAACCACAAUAAGAACUCUGGCUCUGGAAACAGCCCAUCAAAUGGCGAUUCUGGCAGUGGAAGCAAGAAAUCGGGAAUAGGCGGCGGCGGCGUAGCUGGAAUAGUCAUAUCGAUUCUUCUUGUUGGGGCAGUCGUGGCAUUCUUUGUUGUGAGGAGAAGAUCUCAAAGAAGGCCGGCCUCAGAUGUGGAAAAGCUUGAUAAUCAACCCUUUGCUCCCCUUGCUUCCAGUGAAGUGCAAGAAAUGAAGUCCUUUCAGACAACCUCCAUAAUGAACACAAAAUUCGAUCCGCCACCGCCAGCCUCAAUAAAUCUCAAGCCGCCGCCUAUUGAUCGUCACAAGUCAUUCGAUGAUGAGGAUUUUGCAAAGAAGCCUAUUCCUGUCAAAAAAGCUAUUAAAGUUCCUACGAACUUAACUUCAUAUUCAAUAGCAGACUUGCAGAUGGCUACAGGUAGCUUCAGUGUUGAUAACCUUCUUGGUGAGGGGUCGUUUGGACGUGUUUAUCGGGCUCAAUUUGAUGAUGCGAAGGUUCUUGCCGUGAAGAAACUAGAUUCAACUGCCCUUCCCAACGAACUAUCUGAAGAAUUCCUGGAGAUAGUUUCAAACAUGUCCCAAAUGCAUCAUCCGAAUGUGACAGAUUUGGUGGGUUAUUGCGCGGAGCUUGGGCAACAUCUUUUGAUAUAUGAGUUCCAUAAAAGUGGGUCUUUACAUGAGUUCUUGCAUCUAUCGGAUGAAGAUAGCAAGCCAUUGACAUGGAAUACUCGCGUCAAGAUUGCUUUGGGAACGGCACGUGCAUUAGAGUACCUGCAUGAGGUUUGCUCUCCUUCCAUAGUUCAUAAGAACAUCAAGUCCGCAAACAUCCUGUUGGAUGUGGAGCUCAAUCCUCAUCUCUCGGAUUGCGGAUUAGCAACCUUCCUCCCUAACGCUGAACAGAUACUGAGCCAAAAUGUGGGGUCAGGAUACAGUGCUCCGGAGGUUGCAAUGUCGGGUCAAUAUACUCUAAAGAGUGAUGUCUACGGUUUUGGAGUAGUCAUGUUGGAGCUCCUCACUGGACGUCAACCCUUUGAUAGCUCGAGGGGAAGAUCUGAACAAUCCUUAGUUCGAUGGGCUACGCCUCAGCUCCACGACAUCGAUGCUUUGGCUAAAAUGGUUGAUCCAGCCCUCAAGGGGCUUUACCCAGUGAAAUCCCUCUCCAGAUUUGCAGAUGUCAUCGCUCUUUGCGUGCAGGCGGAGCCAGAGUUCCGACCACCGAUGUCCGAGGUGGUGCAAGCAUUGGUUCGAUUAGUCCAACGGGCGAACAUGAGCAAGAGAACCUUCGGGAACGAGCAGAGGGCAUCCCAAAGACCCGAUGACGUGGACGCCUACGAAAACACAUCCUAGAAGACCCAGUUGGCUACGAAAACACAUCCUAGAAGACCCAGUUGGAUCCAUUCGACGAUGAUCGUGACCGUCUAUGCUCCGAGUGUUCAUGUUCAGACCCUUUUCUUGCAAAGGGAUCUCUUUCACCUUGUUCAGUUUUUUCUUCCGAGUUAAAAAUUUACUGUGGAUGUACCGCUUGAAACAAGAAAUUAGCUUGGUACACUUUAGCUUGUUAAUAUUCCAUCCCAUGGUCGAGCUCCAGUUCUUGCUCUGUUGUCUUUAUUGGUUGGCCUGUGCCAAUAAAUCGGUAUUCAAGAUUUGGGUUGAACCUUGAA